AUGGCCAAGUCCAGCCGCUCGAAGUGGAAGAAGAUGCACCGGCGCCAGCGGGCGCAGGCGGAAGCGAUGAACACGGUGAAGCGCAUUCGCCAGCUGAGCAAGAAGCUCGAACUCACUGUGAAAGGCGGGAUUAGCGCCGUGCCGCCCCAGGAGCCGGAGAAGCGCUUCCAUUUUCUCAACCCGGAGCUGGACUCGCGUGUGCCGAACACGCGUAAGCACCUGAACAACAACUACCGUGCUGAGCUGAACCACGUCCAGUACGACUACACGAAGCCGCUGAAGCUGGCACCGCCAAAGACCAACAUGUACGGCAAGACUGACGUGAACGCGCCGCAUCGGAUGACGGUGACGUACGAGACGAUCGACGCUGACGCCCCGUUGGCGGGCCACGCGCUGACCAAGGCGGACAUGGAGCGGCUUGCGCGUCGACAGAAGCAGCAGGAGAGCGAGACGUCUGCCGAGGCGGCCUGUGCGGAGGAGGAUAUCAGCAAGGCAGAGGUCAACAAUGACAGCUGCGACAGCGAUGACAACGGCCCGGAGGAGUACGUGAUUGGCAUGAACGACGUCGCGCCGCACCGUGCAAGCGGAAAGCGGAAGGCAAAUGCCAAGAAGGGGAAAGACUUUGUGGCACCGAAGGCAACGAUGAGCACUGCAUCAGCCUCCGCUGGUGCCUCUUCGUCUGUGUCGGUGGCAGGCUCCAGCAGCCGUAUGCUGGCCAUCGCGGCUGCUGCCGCGAUGGCCAAUGAAGAAGGGUCCGAUGAUCGUCCUCGCAGUGGCGGCGUAACGGCGGUAAAUAAGAUCUCAAGCAUGCAGUCGAUGCGCAGGAAGAAUGGCACGGUGGUAUCCACGGGCGGUGCGUCCAAAAUGAAGAAGGUGGGGCAUCUGAGUGGCUCGAGUGGCACCCGCGUUGUGAGCAGCGGCACCAAGGCAGCGAAGAAGACCGGCAACGCGAAGCACAGCACGAAGUCGUCGUCGUGA